AUGAGCUGGGGAAAACAACUUGAAAAUCCUUCUUGGCACAGAGAAGGGAAUCUUCGAGCUGUGGACACCCAGAAAGACAUUCUGCCCCCAACGCAGCAGCCAAUGAUAUAUAUUUGGGGAGAAUGUCACACCAAAAAUGAAAUAAAAUCAAGGGAUCCAAUCAGAUGCAGAGAAUGUGGAUACAGAAUAAUUUACAAAAAAAAUACUAAAAGAUUGGUGGGUUUUGAUGCGCAAUGA